AUGGCCUCUGCUGCUCGCUCGGCCUCUCGGGCCUUCCUUCGUUCGACCCCUGCCACCUCGGCUUUCAGACCCGCUGCUCGCAGCGCUCGUCAUGCUCUUCCCUCCCAGGGUUUCCGCACCGCUUCUCGCCGCGGCUACGCCUCCGAGGCUGGCUCCAGCAAAUCCUCUAACGGCCUUCUGUGGGCUGGUGUUGCUGCUGCUGGCGCCGCUGGUGCUUUCUUCUUUUUCCAGAGCGGCGAUUCUUCCGUGAGCUCCAAGGCCUUCGUCCCCACCCAGGCGGACUACCAGAAGGUGUACGAUGCGAUUGCCAAGAAGCUGGUGGACGAAACCGACUAUGAUGAUGGCAGCUACGGCCCCGUCCUUGUCCGCCUGGCCUGGCACGCAAGUGGCACCUAUGACAAGGAGACCGGCACCGGUGGUAGCAACGGUGCUACCAUGCGGUUCGCUCCCGAAUCCGAUCACGGUGCCAACGCCGGCCUGAAGCACGCCAGAGACUUCCUCGAGCCCAUCAAGCAGCAGUUCCCCUGGAUCACCUACUCUGACCUGUGGACCCUGGCCGGUUCUGCCGCCAUCCAGGAGUGCGGUGGCCCUGCCAUCCCCUGGAGACCCGGCCGUCAGGACCGGGACGUCGCCGCCUGCACUCCCGACGGCCGUCUCCCCGACGCCUCCAAGGACCAGAGACACGUCCGUGACAUCUUCUACCGCAUGGGCUUCAACGACCAGGAGAUCGUGGCCCUGAUCGGUGCCCACGCCCUGGGUCGCGCUCACACCGACCGCUCCGGCUUCGACGGUCCCUGGGACUUCAGCCCCACUGUCUUCACCAACGACUUCUUCAAGCUCCUGCUCGACGAGAAGUGGCAGCAGCGGAAGUGGAACGGCCCCGUUCAGUUCACCGACAAGACCACCAAGACCCUGAUGAUGCUCCCCACCGACCUUGCCAUGAUCAAGGACAAGGAGUUCCGCAAGCACGUCGAGCGUUACGCCAAGGACAACGAUGUCUUCUUCAAGGAGUUCACCGACGUGUACGUCAAGCUUCUCGAGCUGGGUGUUCCCUUCACCAGCAAGGCCGAGGACCGCUACGUCUUCAAGACUUUCGAGGCAUAG